CACAAAAACGAAAAGAAAAGAAUUGCGGCAUUUUUCAGCAAAUUUUCGCGCUUACAGAGAAAUUAAUAAUUUAAUUAAACAAUAGUGAAUUUAAACAAAAAAGCUGCAAAUUAAUUACAAUAAGUGUGCGUGGUGUGGGUAUAAGUGUGUUUAAGUGGAUAAAGAACGGUAACCGCGUGGGUUUAUAGUGAAGCUAAAGCUGCAAAAAUGUCCGUUCGCGAUCAAAUUAAAAUAGAUAUAGAAUGGGGCCACGAACGAUUGGUGCGUUCGCAACAGGUGGUAGAGAUGCGUCCCUACGAUAUUGAAUCGUGGUCGGUAUUGCUGCGUGAGGCACAAACGCGACCGGUAAACGAUGUGCGCAGCUUGUACGAAUCGUUAGUGAAUGUAUUUCCCACAACAGCACGCUACUGGAAGAUCUAUAUAGAGCAAGAGAUGAAAGGCAGAAAUUUUGAACGUGUGGAAAAAUUGUUCCAGCGUUCAUUAGUAAAAAUUUUAAAUAUAGAUUUGUGGAAAUUAUAUUUGACAUAUGUAAAAGAAACCAAGGCUGGCUUGAGUACACACAAAGAAAAGCUGGCACAGGCUUAUGACUUCGCUUUGGAGAAAAUUGGCAUGGAUUUGCAUUCGUUUUCAAUUUGGCAGGACUACAUACAUUUUCUGCGUAGCGUGGAAGCUGUGGGUAGUUAUGCGGAGAAUCAGAAAAUCACCGCAGUACGUAGAGUGUAUCAGAAAGCGGUGGUUACGCCCAUUGUAGGCAUCGAACAACUGUGGAAAGACUACAUAGCUUUUGAGCAUAACAUAAAUCCUAUAAUAUCAGAAAAAAUGAGUUUGGAACGUUCGAAAGACUAUAUGAACGCGCGACGUGUUGCUAAGGAGCUUGAGAUACUUACUAAAGGCUUGAAUCGUAAUUUGCCCGCCGUGCCACCGACGCUUUCCAAGGAGGAAAUGAAACAGGUUGACUUAUGGAAGAAAUUCAUUGCAUUCGAGAAAUCAAAUCCGCUGCGCACAGAGGACACCGCACUCAUAACGCGUCGUGUUAUGUUUGCCACCGAGCAAUGCCUGCUGGUGCUCACACAUCAUCCAGCCGUGUGGCAUCAGGCCGCACAGUAUCUAGAUCAAAGUGCGCAAGCGUUGGCGGAAAAAGGCGACACACAAGCUGCCAAAAUCUUUGGCGAUGAAUGCGCCAAUAUACUAGAACGCUCUAUUAACGGCGUCUUGAAUAAAAAUGCGCUGCUUUACUUUGCCUACGCAGACUUCGAGGAGGGACGCAUGAAGUAUGAUAAAGUACAUGCGAUGUACAACAAAUUGCUAUCCAUACCGGACAUUGAUCCAACGCUGGCUUACGUGCAAUAUAUGAAGUUUGCACGCCGCGCUGAAGGCAUCAAAUCCGCACGUGCUGUCUUCAAGAAGGGGCGUGAGGAUGUGCGCUCACGCUAUCACGUGUUCGUGGCCGCGGCAUUGAUGGAGUACUAUUGUUCGAAGGAUAAGGAUAUUGCUUUUCGCAUCUUCGAACUCGGUCUGAAACGCUUCGGCGGCAGUCCGGAGUAUGUCAUGUGUUACAUAGAUUAUCUGUCACAUUUGAACGAAGAUAACAAUACGCGCGUGCUGUUCGAGCGCGUGCUGUCUUCGGGUGGCCUAACGCCGGCGCUUAGUGUGGAUGUAUGGAAUCGCUUUUUGGAAUUCGAGUCGAAUAUUGGCGAUUUGUCGAGUAUUGUGAAAGUCGAGCGUCGCCGCAGCGCAGUGCUGGAAAAUCUGAAGGAGUACGAGGGCAAAGAGACUGCCCAACUGGUGGAUCGCUAUAAAUUUUUGGAUCUUUAUCCGUGCACAAGUGUUGAACUGCGUUCCAUCGGCUACACAGAGAAGAGUUACAAUGUCGGCAUUAUGACGAAUAAAAGCGCCGCCAACGCUGCAACCGCUAAGCCAGAUGAACCCGAUGUGGAGCAGGUAGUCUCGUUACCGCGCCCCGAUUUCUCGCAAAUGGUGCCGUACAAGCCCAAAGUGAAUGCACAUCCCGGCGAGCACCCGCUAGCCGGCGGUACCUUCCCUCAGCCGCCGGCCUUGGCCUCGCUGUGCGCACAGCUGCCGCCGCCCGUGUCCUUCCGCGGUCCAUUUGUCUCCAUUGAAAUGCUCUUCGACAUCUUCAAUCGCAUCAAGCUGCCCGACGCUGUGCCACUGCCCGUCGGCGAUCAUGGUUGCGACACGAAACUCUUCGACCUGGCCAAAUCGGUGCAUUGGAUUGUGGAUGACAGCGUGUGCACCGGCGAUGCGGGCAGUCUGAAGCGUCGGCGCAUGCUGCCCGGAGGCGACGACAGCGACGAGGAGGGCCAAACGCCAGCGCCACCAGCCAAUGACAUAUACCGUUUGCGGCAGCAAAAACGCUUUUCCAAAUAAGCUGUGUGACAUUGUUUUUUUUUUUUAAUAUAAACCUUAAUAUACCACAUACAUAUGUACUUUAAGAGCGUGUCACUGCAUUCUAUUGCAGUAUAUUUAACGCAAAGCAAAAGCAAAUUUUUUCUUCAAAGAGUUUUAAGUUUUAUUAACAUAACAUAAUGAAUUGCUGCGGGCAAUAUAACGGCAUUGCACAUUAGAACCACACUGGACGGUAUUUAGUGAGUAUACGCUAAGUGCUAACUAAAUCUAAGUCUAAUUUUCUAAUUUAAGCCUUUUUCUUAUGUACUACGUAGGUAAGACUGCUGUUGGCGUGUACAAUUUUCAAAUAUACAAUCCACACAAUACAAAUACAAAAUAAAUACAAGUUUAAUUAGUCGCAAAAGCU